CCGGGCCGGCAGUGCCUGUGAGCCAGGGGGAGUUUUCACCGCGACUCCUGCCCGGCCGCGAUGGCGCUGAAGAGCCGGGGCCUGCUCCUGGGGGCCGCGGCAGGGAGGCUCCAGGCAGCUGGUGAAGGGCUUCGUUUCACAUCUGCUGUAGCCAACUUAAGAACCAUUGAGGGUGAAGUGGACACACAGGAAAACGAAGUUGUUGCCCCAGAUUUCACCAAUCGAAAUCCUCGUAACUUGGAGCUGCUGGCACUAGCAAGGAAGGAACGAGGCUGGGAGACAACAUGGCCCAAAAGAGAGUAUUGGCAUAGACUACGGCUUGAGCGGACACAGCGAUAUGUGGAAGCCUUUGUUGAGCACUGCAGUGGAAAUGUUGUUGUUUCAGCCUCCACCCGUGAGUGGGCCAUAAAGAAACAUCUGUACAGUCCCAAGGGAGUGGUAGCAUGUGAAAAUAUUGGCCGUGUAGUGGCACAACGCUGUCUGGAAGCAGGAAUCAACUUUGUGAACUUUAAAGCUGUUAUCCCAUGGGAAUAUCGCUGCGACUCGAUCCAGCGAUUCCAAAAGGCUUUGACAGAUGGUGGUGUCAUCGUGGGUGAGCCUCGAAGAAUCUAUCAAUAAGAUGGAGAUGGGGGAAAAUUUCCUAUAAAGAAACGUCAAACAACUGUUUUCAUACAGGAGUGGAUACAGAAGCAAUUCAGGUCCCGAACUUGGACAAUGUAGAGCAUAGCAUCUUGUAAUAAUGAAGAGAUGCUCCUUUUUUUCUUCUUUUUGUUCACUUGUUCAAAUGUUUUAAGAUCAUAUGAUCCAUCUAAUCACAUCACAGUUUGACUCAGUAACUACUUCUUCAAUCCAAUAUCUUGUGGUUGAGUUAGAUCAAGACUAGAUUUGUAGAAAUCCGGUCUUGAUGUAAACUUCAAGUAAUGGAGAAUGUACCAAAUCCCUUGCUAUGUUUUUCAUGAUUAAUUACACUCACAUCAUUUAAAUAAAAUUUAAAAAGCUUGCAAGGUUUUUUUUUCUAGUAGAUUGUAGCUAUUGGAUGCCUUUAAUCUAGCUGACACUGCUAUAUGAAAUCUUCUCAUUUUGUAGGAGAAGAGGUGACAUGACACAAACAAAAUUAAACUUCCCCAAA